GCAAAGAAUCUAUAACGCAAACAAUAACAAAGUUUGUUAUCCUUUCUAGCCAAUCGUAUCGCUUUUAUAUUAGUUAUUUAUGAAUUAAUAUAAUAAACAGUCAAUACUUUUUAUCUGCUUAUUUCCUGAAAUAUUAAUUAAGUUAUAUAAUGCUGAUAGAUACGAAAAGAAUUUAAACUACUGCAGUAAUCAGAAUGAAAUUUAAAUUUUGUGGUGACGGAGAUUGUCCAGAUUACAUUCUGGCAACCAUUCAUUCGAAUCUUUGUGGAUUAAGUAGCAUCAAAUUGAGAAUUUUGGCAUCACAAGUUGUCAAAGCUGUUCUGUCAGAAGAAGCGAUAGACGAGAAAAAAUUCAGUGAAAGCUUUGGUGGUUCUACUGACGACUCUAAAGCAGCAUACGCUUGUAUAAGGUUCUUACUUCUAUCCGGUGUUAGAUACAGCAUUGGGAAAGAUAUCUUCUCCGUUGAACUUCAACAACUUGGACUCCCACGUGAACAUUCUCUCGCCUUAGGAAAAGUUCUCGAUGAAAACUCAUCGUCAUUGAGAGAACAUCUAAAAAGCAAAGCUCUCACGAUAAAUGAAUUGAUUGAUGUGAAGUUUAAGGAAUCAGGUGGCAUUGAUUGUAUACAAAUGGAAAUGACAAUUAAGAAUUUAGUUGAUGAAAAUGGGCGAGGAAUCGAUGGAAAUGUUACGAAAGAUAUAAAUAUAAGCAAAGCAGACAUUCCUUUACUAUUACAUGAUUUAAAGUUAAUCAAAUCAAAAAUGGAUCAUUAUGAUUAUGAGAAUAUCUUAAUAAAUGUCUUCUUAUUCAAUUAUCGAGUACUUUGUUAUGGAUUUUGGGCACAUACUUUAAAUGUCAACGAUUAUCAAGAAAUGAUCAAUCGAAACUGGAGACGUUCAGGGCAAUAUUGCUACAAGCCCAAGAACACAGACACAUGUUGUCCAAUGUACACAAUCAAAUGUGAUGCCUUGAAUUUUAAGCUUAGUAAGAGUCAUAAGAAAAUUCUAAAGAAAAUGAAUAGAUUUUUGCGUGAUGGUACAAAGAGCAAAGAUCGUAACAAUCAAUCUGAUAUAAAGCAACGAGAAGUUCAAGAAAUGAAAUCCUCUCAUAAGCACAGUGAUGUUAAAGUGAAUGAAAUAAAUGUCACUUCAAUUGGAGGAGACAAAAAUGUUGUCAAGGUCAAACCUUGUGUGAAAAGAGAAAGAAAUCUGCCAGCAGGUCCAGUUGGUGGUUCUCAUAAUUCAGUUUCUAGUAUAGCUGAAAAGCCUUCUAAUCCUAAAAAAGCAAAAGUGAUAAGAAUAGAACGAAAGAAGAAGAAACUUGCAGCAAAGGGAUUAACUUUAGCCGAUGUUCCUCGAAAGAAAGCAAAUAAUGUUGAAAAAUCUUUGGAAGAUUUUCUAAAUCAAGAGCCGAAAGAUGGAAAACAUCGAUUAGAGGUAAAAUUGAUUCCGUCAAAACAUGGAAGUAAUGAAACAAUUUUCAAACUUUAUCAAAAAUACCAAAUGCAAGUUCAUAAAGAUCCAAUUGAGAAGCUUAACUUGAAAUCUUAUGAACGUUUUCUUGUCAAUUCUCCUUUACAGACAAAAAUAAUUUCAAUUAAUGCUGCUGAAGGUUCCAACAUUAAUCUGUCAUUUAAUUUAUUCUGCAAAUACGAAAAUAUGAUUCACAAAAGUUCUGAUAAUGAGUUUACUGAAUAUGUUCAAUUCUUAGCCUCGUCGCCACUUAAGAUGAUCAAAGAUGACACGACACCAUCUCAAGGUUUUGGGUCGUUUCAUUAUCAGUAUUACCUUGACGGUGUUCUGAUAGCUGUUGGUGUCAUUGACAUUCUUCCCGAAUGCGUCUCAUCGGUCUACCUUUAUUAUGAUCCUAAUUACAGUUUUUUGUCUUUGGGUACUUACGCAUCUUUGAGAGAAAUUGCUCUUGUUCGUGAACUUUACAAAUCAUGUCAACAAUUGUCAAAUUAUUAUCUUGGAUUUUAUAUCCCAACAUGUCCAAAGAUGAGAUACAAAGCUAACAUUAAGCCAUCGUUCUUAUUAUGUCCAGAAGUGUUCACCUGGCAUCUUCUUGAUGGAGAACUUAGUGCGAAGAUUGACUCGGUUCCUUAUUAUCGAAUAAAUAAAGAUGAAGAUGAUGCAGAAAAGGUGACGGAAGAUAAUCUUGGAAGCACACUUGUCUUAGCAAAUCGAACAGCAAUGAAGUAUGGCGACUUUAAAAGGCUCGCUUCACUCCCACGUAAUUUACGAGAAGAUUCCAAUGAAGUCAUGGAGUAUGCAGCACUUGUUGGUCGUAGUCUCUCUCAGAAAAUGUUGUUAUUUAGAUACAUAAAAAUAAUAAAAAAAAAAUACAAAUCGCUCAUUGCGAUGAAUGAUCAAUAA